AUGAGUCGUCCGGAUAUUACUCUCUACACGGCCCAAACGCCUAAUGGGAUCAAGAUCUCCAUGGCGUUGGAGGAGUUGGGGCUGCCCUACAAGGUCGAGAGGAUUGAUAUCUCCAAGAACACGCAGAAGGAAGACUGGUUCCUUGAGAUCAACCCCAACGGCCGCAUCCCCGCCCUGACCGACACCUUCAGCGACGGGAAGAAGAUCCGUCUGUUCGAAUCCGGCGGCAUCUUGGAGUAUCUAGUUCAGGAGUACGACCCAGACCACAAGAUCUCCUUUCCCAAGGGCACGCGCGAGCACUACGAGAUGAACAACUGGCUCUUCUUCCAGAACGCGGGCGUGGGUCCCAUGCAGGGCCAGGCUAACCACUUCAGCCGGUACGCGCCGGAACGCAUCGAGUAUGGCGUCAACCGGUACGUCAACGAGACGCGCCGGCUGUACGGAGUCCUCGACAAGCACCUCGCGCAAUCCAAGUCCGGGUACCUGGUGGGUGAUCACGUCUCCAUUGCCGAUAUCUCGCACUGGGGAUGGGUGGCCGCCGCCGGAUGGGCUGGGGUGGAUAUCGAGGAGUUCCCACAUCUCAAGGCGUGGGAGGAUCGCAUGGCGCAGCGUCCGGCGACGGAGAAGGGCCGCCAUGUGCCGUCACCACACACCAUCAAGGAUCUCAUCAAGGACAAGGCGGCCAUGGAUAAGCACGCAGCCGAGUCCCGGAAGUGGAUCCAGGAGGGAAUGAAGGAGGAUUCGAAGAAUAAGAUCUAA